AUGAACGCGUUCGGGGAGCUGGUUCAGCUCCCGACAGCGGAAGAUGGAGCGGCCUCGCGAGGGUCGGUAGUCUCGCCGGCUUCUUUGGCGCCGCCGCCGACGCCGUUGGGCGAACUGGAUUUACUGUUGACGGCGCAGCCGUCAACAAGUGAGUUUCAGACGUCGGUGGACGUAGUGGGGUUGGCGCCGGUGGUGAAGUGGUCGGCGCUGUUCGGUCCGUUAGUGGGUGCAGUGGCGGGCGACCUAAGCAUUGUGUUGGGCAAGUUGGCGAAGUCAUUGGACACGUGUGUGUGGCAGGAGGAGGAGGUGCAGGCCAGCAUGAAGCAGGCCGAACACAGCCUCAAUCGGCUCAUUAGCAUCCGACGCCAGUGGUGGCAGGCCUGCGAACGGUCCGCCGAGGGCAUGGUUAAAGGUCUACAGGGCCGCGGCUCCGCGAAACGAGGCAAACACUUCGCGCGACACACGAAUGCCACUCUCUGCCUCCCUUGGCUCGGACUCACUCUUAAAGCAUACAGCAACCUACCACCCGCGGUGAAGGACAAUCUCUGGGUCGGCUUCGCCAACAUUCAAGACCGGCAAGCAGCUUCCAUAGAAACCGCAGUCGCGCUCCUGAAACGCAUGAAAGUCUUCGCCGCACGUAUCAAAGACUUUCUCUCGUCCCAGUUUCCCUGGAAACAACCUCACGCGCUCGACCAGGCGCACACCGAGGACACUCUGGCCACUGCCUCCGCCUCCGCCGGCGUCGUCUCGUCUCUCAAGAGCUCGUCUAUUAAGAGCUCAUCUAUCAAGAACGCGUCUGUCAGAACCGCGUCUGUCAGAACCGCGUCUAUCAAAACCGCGUCUAUCAAAACCGCGUCUCUCAGAACCGAUUCUGCCAGGAGUGCCUCGCCACGCACCCCAACGGCGGAACGAGAAAUGCGAAUUACAGCACACGACAGCCCAGCAGACAUACCAAUCGAUGACAACUCAGUUAGUUAG